GGAAAGUCUGUGGAAACGACGACCGCAACGCCUGCGACAUGAGCCUUGGAGAGUUCCAUCCAUCCAUCUAUUUUCUACUGCUUUUCCCUUCCGUGUCGUGGGGGGUGCUGGAGCCUAUACCAGCUGCGCUCGGGCGGAAGGCGGGGUACACCCUGGACAAGUCAACACAGAUCGACAGACAACAUUCACACACUCGCGUCAAUUUAGUGUUGCCAAUCAACCUAUCCCCAGUUUGUGAUCCAAAAUGUGUUUUUUCAUUAACAGGAUGGACAAAAAGAAAAUGACAACAAAAAAGAGGUUAAGAGUUCCCACAAAGAAAAUGAAGGACCUGCAUAAUUCUCCUCCCCCAAAUGAGCAAUCUGGGUGUUUGGCAUUCGUCAGACGGGAGGACGGUUAUACCGGAAAAAUCUUUACAGGAGCAGACAUUUUGUCAAUAUAUGAAGCUCCUGUGCAGAUCUUAGAUCUUAGAACAGGAGAUUCUGUUUUAGCAAAGUGGUCAGAUGGUAAAUUUUAUAGGGCAACUGUUGAAUAUAUUUCAGGAAAAGAUCAGACUCAGUCACCAAAAGGCUGCCAAACUCCACAGGAGUCAUUUUUAAAUAUGUUGGAAGCCAAUGAGCCAUCACACUCAACAUCAGGGUCUGACACCAUUACAGUAGAUCAGAACCCACUGUCUGAACAUGAUAGUAUCACAGCGCUGAAUCUGCCAAGUGAUGGGGAACUUGUAACAGGCAGCAACACUGUUGGACCACCACCACCCUAUGGGUUGCUCACAUGCCUGUACUUCCUCCGUGAAAGAAAGGAGGUUUACCAAAGAGGGAACCAUCGGUCAAUCACCCUACAGUGGCAAUACAGCCAUACCAUCACCGUAUGGCCUCCACAUCAAUUGUCAAUUUCCCUAUGGGGGCCAUACAUCUAGCCUACCACCGUAUGGCCUCAACAUCAAAGGUCCAUCUCCCUACGAAGACCAUGCAUCCUGCCCAUCACUGCAUGACUUCAACACCGCUGGCCCAUCACCAAAUGUCUACGACACCUCUGGUCCUUCACCCGGCAUACACAAUCCACCUGACAAUAAAAACCCAGCUUUCCUGGCACCGGACAGGAGAGAUGCAGGCAACCCAUCUGUCGAGGACACUAUCUCAUAUCGACCGCAGGCAGAAAAAUCAUGGACGCCAUGUGAUGGAUGUAGGAAGGAGUUUGAAAAAAUCCUGCGAGGAAAGCAACGAAUCAAAGAAGUCCUCUUGAAAAUAGAUCCGGGCCAAGUCAGAGUACACCAAACUCUCUGCGACCUGGAGACAAAUACAGCGAUGGCCCUCCUCAACAAUCGGGCCAGCAGGUGCUCUUUCCUGAGAGCGGCGUAUUCAUAUCAUCGUUCCGCCUUGCUGCCUUGAGGAGUGUCAAAAUGCUGUCCCUUUUGGUCGCCCUGGAAACAAACCUGCAGGAACAGGAAAGCGCAUCCUUGACCGGAAAAAAGUUGAAGGAAUCCUACCGUAUGUCCUGAGAUGCGGUACCCUUCCUGAUUGGGACAAUAUUGAGGAGGCCAAGCUCAAGAAAGCUUUGGUAAACAAAUGUCGGGCCAGAGCAGGUUUUAAGUAGGCCCUUGUACCUGCCAAGUUCAUUCUGGGGUAGGAUGUUUCCUUUGUAAACAUGUUAAUAUUUUGGUCUGGGGUUGGACAGUAUACAUAGUAUAAAAUUGCCAUAUGAUGUAGCUUUUAGUACCAUGUUAUACUGUGACAAUGCAUAUUGAGCUGUGCUGUGUCUCGCAAAUUUGGCACCGAUGCAACCUCACUAACAAGCUAGCGGCUAAUAUCCCUUCACAGUGCAAAGCUGUUUCCAAAUAAAAAAAUAAUACAACUGGAAAUGACGCAGUAUGUUACUGCUUACAUAAUCAGGUAUAUUAGUAGUAAUAGUAAUUCAGUGUUUGUAUUUGAGUGGGCCCCAGACCCCUCUGUAGUGAAAAAGUUGGUCGGGCCCCGAGGUAAAAAAUGUUAAGUAUCCCUGGUUUUCAAUGUGUGAUUAUUUUUUGUAUGUAGACCAGUUCUAAACAGCCCGGUUACAAUUUUAUAAAUGUAUUUCAGUUUUUGCUUGGAAUAUUUAAAAAAUGGAAAAUGUUGUCAUUUACUCACCCUCUUACUGAGAUGAAGUCAAGUGGGUUUUUUUUAACUACGGUACAUGGUUUGCGCAACAGGGAGUUAAAAAAACUACACCUGACUUUUUCACGUGUGGGGCGGUAUAGCUCGGUCGGUAGAGCGGCCGUGCCAGCAACUUGAGGGUUUCAGGAUCAAUUCCCGCUUCCGCCAUUCUAGUCACUUCCGUUGUGUCCUUGGGCAAGACACUUUACCCACCAGCUCCCAGUGCCACCCACACUGGUUUAAAUGUAACUUAGAUAUUGGGUUUCACUAUGUAAAGCGAUUUGAGUCAUUAGAGAAAAGCGCUAUAUAAAUAUAAUUCACUUCACAACAACAAAGUGAGUACUUGGGGUUAAAUUAAUUUAUAUUUGUAUUUGUUUUAUUUUUUGUAUAUUGUUUUCUAUGUUGUUUUAAUUAUUGUGAAUGUCAAUAUGUACAUUAUGUUUGUAAUAAUUAACUACAUUUAAAUUGUUGUAUUUAAUCUAUUUUUAUAUCUUAUGUUUUGUAUUUUUGU